CCGCCCCACCCCUCCCAGGGAGCUCCGCCCCGGCCCACGGCUCUUCCGCCUUAGGCAGCCGCUAGGCGGGAGGAACUAAUCCCUCGCACCCCCGCUCACCCCUGGGGGACUAGGGCCGAGACCUGCCAGGGUAAGGGGUGAUCUGAGUCCCUUCUGCCUGCGAGCUGAGCGCAGGUCCCAGCUCGGGCUUCCGGGACAGCGGAGGGAGAGGCCGGCCGAGUGCGCACUGCAGGGCCAGAGUGGCGGAGCGGAGCCACCAGGGGGCGCUGCGGAGCUGGGGGACACCCCUCCCUGUCCGCCUCCGUCCCCCGCCCCCUCCCCGUCCGCGCGCAAAACACACUCGCCCCAGAGGCAGCGCGGCCGAGCGGGAGCCGCGGCCCGAGCGGAGCCGGAGAGCGGUGGCGGCGGCACCAUGACCCUGGGCAGCUGCUGCUGCGAGAUCAUGUCCUCCGAGAGCUCCCCGGCCGCGCUGUCCGAGGCGGACGCGGACAUAGACGUGGUGGGCGGCGGCAGCGGUGGGGGGGAGCUCCCAGCCCGCUCCGGGCCCCGCGCCCCCCGGGACGCGCUCCCCCAAGGCCACGAGCCUACCCCGGAGGAAGUCGAGGCGGACGUAGCGGAGGACGAGGAGGAGUCGGGCGGCUGCUUGGACGGCGAGCCCCGCGCUCUAGGCCCGGGCCCCGCAGGCCUGCCCGCCUUCCUCGGCGCCGAGCUGGGCUGCGCCAAGGCGUUCUACCCCGCGUCCCUGAGCCCUCCCGAAGCUGGCACGGCGGCCGGGCUGUCCACCGCACUCCUGCGCCCGGGCCUCAAGACGGACACAGGCGGGGGUGCGGGCGGCGGGGGCGCAGGGGCAGGGCAUAGGCCUUCGUUCUCCAUAGACCACAUCAUGGGCCACGGCGGUGGCGGGGCAGCAGCCCCAGGCGGCGGCGAGGGCUCCCCGGGAUCGCCGUUCUCGGCAGCCUCGCGACCUGGGGGUCAAGCGCAGGUUUUGGCCAUGCUGACUGCCCCUGCCCUGGCGCCGGUGGCGGGCCACAUUCGUCUCUCGCACCCCGGGGACGCGCUCCUGUCUUCAGGGCCCUCCUUCGCCAGCAAAGUCGCCGGCCUCAGUGGCUGCCACUUCUGACCGCAGCGGGCUCGGGGCCGCUCAGGCCCGCACUCCUCAGCCUCUCCCCGGAGCUCCUGUGGUCCCCGCGGAACUCAGGGAGUGUAUUUAUGAAGACUCUCCAGACUCGGGCUGGAGAGUGAUUUGGCACCUAAGGCUUCACGCUCAGAAUCUCCCCAAGAGUUGGGACGAAGCGGGCUCUCGCUCAGGGCCAGGCCCGCGUCUACGGGAAGAGGUCCCGCGCUAAGAUCCCACCCGGGUUUGGGCAGUGAAAGAGGGCAGGGAGAGUCUUCACUUCUUCCCAGCCUCCGCGUCCGCCGCCGUCCGCCGGGCUGGGCGCUGGAAGAAUGCAUUCCCGGCAGAUUCGCCUGCCCAGGCCCUGCGGAUCCCGCCAGGAACACCAAAGGCGCUGAGAGGUCUCCCCUUCUUCCUCUUCCCCUCGUUCUUUCAAUUUUGAGACCCGGCCUGUCCGAUAUUAUAAUUUAAAGAUAUCUAUUAAUCUGCUUUGUGCUUUAAAAAUUCGAUUUUUUUGUUCUGCUUUUCUCCAAGGAAGUUCGUACCCUUUGAAAUCUAAAGCUGUGUCUCCAUGGGCGAAGCUGAACGGAGAGGUGAAGCAGGGUUCUCCACAAUCCUUGCAGAGACCCCAGAGCCCACACCACUGAAGAAAACCUUUCCCUUUCGGGUUGGGGUGCUUUUAAAGAACCUCCUUCUUUCCUGUGGCCAGAGGGGCCAACUAUCCUCAUCCUAAGGCCUGAGGCUCUUCUCCAGGCCCUGCCGUAUUUAUUGUAGUUAAAGGCAGGGAGGUCGAAUGGCAGAAGAGGGUCUGGGUCAGGGACUGGAGAGGUGGGGGAGGGUGGCCGAGGGCACUGAGCAGUGGCCCGGGGUCUUGUAAUCAUGUGUAAAUAUCUGUACAGCGGGCUGCUCCCUGCAUUCUGUGUCCACUGGUGUGCGUUGAUUUAGACUUCUCUACUUAGGGGAGACUGAAAUUGUCCAAUGGUUUGUGUGGAAGAAAAGAAAAAUCUGUCUCUCCCCCGCCUUCCUCAUUGGUGUCAAUCGAAUAAAUGUAUGUGAAC